GAUAACUCAGCCAUUUCUUGACGGAUCCUGCUCAUCUUCGAACUCGACCGAGACAUUGUUAAGACUGAACUGUGUGGAAAAUUUCAUUGCGAUUGGACUCUCUUUUCAAAAGUUAUCAUGUAAACGGCCGGCCGGACGGACAUACUGACCGAUUCUAGAGUGUACUCACUUUUUGAGUACACAAAAAAUGAUAGUAUAUGAUAGAGAGUGCAACUACUUUUAUCCAAAGUUGUAUUUCAAGAAUUUCUUUUUUUUUUAAGUUUUGAAUUAAUUUAAUUAUAUUUAAGUUUAAUAGAUAGAUGCCAUAUUGAGUUAGAAUAAUAAAUUGUAACGGAAAUGUUGCUUGAUACAAUUCUUAAGUUUACUAGUUUAUUUUUAUUUUUAUUUUUAUAGAAUGUCUUUUGAAAUAUUUUCUAUGAAUCAGUGCAGAUUAAAUUUUCAAAUCUGUUGAAUAGAAAUUAAACUGAUUGAACUAUUAAAUUAAAAAGAUUGUCAAAAACACAGUUGUUUUGAAUAAUGAAAAAAUAAUAUCAAACAGUAUUAAAAAUAAUUUAUCAAGGGUUGAUUUUUUUAUUUUUAGAAAAUUAAUAUUUACAGAUUAUUUUCAUGCAUGAUGCGAAGUGUUUGUACAUAUUGAAUUGAAAUUUAAUCUAUUUUAUAUUAAUUGUCUAUACUAAACUAUUUUUAUCUAGUGGAAUAUAAUUUGUAGUAUGAAAAAUUACUAUUGAUCAACAGAGAAGAAAUGUGACACGUUAUAUCAUUAAAGGAAAAUAAUAAUGUUGAUUUUCUAUCUAUUUCUAAAGUAUUUUUUUCGUUCUCAUUUUCAAAUUGAAUUAAUUAUUUUUUUGCUUUAUUUACUUAAUUAUCAUAUUAUUAAUAUUAUGAUGAAUUGAUUUUCAAAAAAGAAAUAAUUCUAUCAUAAGAAUUUGUAAAAAACAAAAAACAAAAAAAAUCUAAUUAAAUCACUAGACAAAUAUUGUCAAAAGUAAGACGAUUUUCAAGAUCAUUAAAAGAUAACUAAAUUUAUUGUAAAAAUAUUGACGCAAAAACAAAAAAGGUUAUAGUUGUAGAAAAAUUCGAUAUAAUAAUUCGCGUUUGUAGUUAAGACAUGUUUUGUUUUUGUUUUUGUUUUUAUAAUCGAAGUGAUUCAUUGAUUUAAAACAAAUGUUUUUUUUCUCUAUCGAAUUACAAUAAUCUUGUAGUUUGAAAAAAUAACAGAUUAUUAUUUAAAAUGGUUCAACAUUUUCUAGAAUUGAUUUUCAUUUCGUUUACAAAAACAUUUAUAAAAUGUUCUUUUGAAUUCAUAUUGUUUUCUUCUUUUCUUUCAUUAAGGUAACAAAUAUUGAUGAAUUACUUCAAUAUCAUAUUUUAUUUCUUGACAAUUGUCUACGUGAUUGUAUGUUAACAAGUGUACAUCUGUUACGACAUAUUCAUAAAAUAAUGGCAACAUGUGUUAUGUUUGCUAAUGCAAUGGAUAAUGUUGAUGAUGAUGAUGAUUAUGAUAGUUUACCUGGUGCAGUUGUUAUUAGUUUUAAUAAUAAUUUUACCGAACAAUUACGACAAUUACUUGAUGCUAUUUCAAAAGAAGAUGGACCUGUAUGUGGAACAACUGGUGGCGGACAACAACAUACAUUAACAAAUCUUAUUCAUAGGUAAAAAUUUAUCACUCAUAUGAAUACUAAUUGAUAAUAAUAGUUUUAGAAAAACUUAUUUAAUGUUGAUUUAUGUCACAUAUAGGAUAAAGCAUUUUUAUAAACUAUUUAUUUAAUAUUGAGCAGAAUAUACAAAACAUUUGCUUUUUUUUUUUUUGGUUUCGAGAAUCAAAUUUUAAUCAUUUUUGCGAAAUAUUCAAUUAGUUUAAUGUAGAUAAACUAUACUAAAAUAGACACCGAAAAGAAGAGUACGCGAAUAUUUAGUACACCAAAUAAUGAAAGUAAAUAUGACGCCUAUCGAACAGACAAAUGAAUGUAGGCGAGUGUGAGAGUGCUAGUUUUAUCUUUAUUCUUAUUUACACCUACGCCUUUUUAACUUCAUUUUUUUUGGUGCAUGUCUAAAUUUUAGGAAAUGAAACUUCUUCAUACUUAAGUUUUUGUGCUUAUCGUUCAUUAGUCUUCCUUAAGUUUAUUUAUAGCAAUUAUAUUAUGUACCCGAGAGUUAACUGUACUCACAGAACGAAAUAGAGGCUAUGUUAUUAAGUAUACUAUAUAUGUAUGUCAUUUGUAUGUUUUUUGUCAUUGGGUUUCAAUGUCAACAGUUAUUUACCAGUUUUGUUUUGUUUUCAAGCUCUAAUUGAGACUAAAUUUUUGUAUGAUUUAGAUGUUUAGAAAAGAAAGAUGAAGUGUUGUAGUGAUCAACAUUUCUAGACUUAUUGUAACUCUUAAGUCUACUAAACUACUGAUCGAAUCCAAGUUCUAUAGCUUUUUAAUAAUAAUACGACUUAAAAAAAUGCUCCUUGGACUCAUCAAUUGGCUAUGAAUAAGUUUGAACUUCGAUCUAGUUCAAUGUUUUGAAUGGAAAUUUAUACGAGAAAAAAUUUUCUCAUA